CCAUGACCCUUGAAUCUCUGGAGCAUGAAGGUCAAAGUGAUUUCAAUUUUGGAAGACAAUUACAUGUACCUGAUCAUCGAAGAAACCACCCGACAGGCCGUUGCAGUGGAUGCUGCUGUUUCCAAGCGGCUCCUGGAGAUCAUCCAAAGAGAGGACGUUAUUCUAAAAGCCAUUCUGACUACCCAUUACCACUGGGACCAUGCAAGAGACAAUGAAGAACUGGCCAAAGUUUACCCCGGCCUGGAGGUAUAUGGUGGGGACGCACGGGUGGGAGCUCUGACACACCAGGUGACUCAUGAGGAGGAAUUAAAGUUUGGCAGCAUCAAUGUGCGGUGCCUUCUCACGCCAGGCCACACCGCCGGACACGUCUGCUACUUCAUGUGGGAAAACGAUUCUCUGAAUGCUCCUGCAGCUUUCACAGGCGACACCUUAUUUGUCGGUGGUUGUGGGAGACUCCUGGAAUGCCCAGCUGAACAGCUGUACAAGAGCCUGACGGAGGUCCUGGGCGGGUUGCCAAAGGAGACUAAAAUCUUCUGUGGACAUGAGUACACAACCCAGAAUUUGAAGUUUGCCUUAAAGGUGGAACCAGAGAAUGAAUUUGUGAAAGAAAAGCUCAUUUGGGCUAAACUCCGAGAAGAUGAAGACCUCCCAACGGUGCCUUCUACUUUGGCUGAGGAGUUCCUCUACAACCCAUUUCUUCGCAUCUUGGAAGAACCAGUCCAGAAAUUCACGGGCAAGUCGGCUCCCGUCGAGGCCUUCGCGGCUCUCUGCAAGGCCAAAGAGAGUUUCCGGAAACCCAAAGAGCAGCUCAGUCCUCAGGCUAUGCUGGCAUUUGAAUGGGGGCUGUUUGACCCCCUCCUGCAAAAGUGAACCCCUUCCUGCCGUGGUGAGGACACAGGUGCUGUGG